UCUCUAUUAACCUCCACAUCGACCUUAUUGGCCACCUAAACGUUUGACCGUCUUCUUAACAAGGACUUCGAGUUUUUCACCCGGGUUUGAAAAUGAAGACUUCACUUGAUUCAAUUUCAGCCAACUUUCUGAUAGACGCGUGUCGGCUGUACAAAGAAAGCUGUCCGGAGCUAUCACGGUUCCUCAUUCAGAUGCCUUUGCAGGAUAAAGCAACAAAGAAGCACAAAUCCUUCAGUCUUUUGCACAACAACACAGUGAUGUGUCCGUACUGCUAUCAGUGGCUGAAACCUGACAAUCACCGGAUGCGACUGCGGGCCAAACAACGUCCAUCAGUGCGGGUGCAGAGCAUCCUGCGCAGGAAGGCCAGGGGCAAACGACUCAGUCUGGUGCAGAAAAAUCUGCUGCACCGCUUCCAAAAGUCCUCCUCAGUACUGAUGGCCACAUGCCACACUUGCAAUAAGACUUCCAGACACAAAGGAAUGAACCGGGACUGUAUAGCUACCUUCGCUAAGACCUACAGUACACCAGGGAGCGCUGGCAAACACAAGACCCCACAGUCAACCACCAGGCCCAGCAUGGCUACUUCCAAGACCCCUGGCAAAGAAAAGACACCUGUUCAUACACCUAGGUCUUCCACCUCCUCUAGCACUGCUGGGUCAGGCUCAUCUUCCUCCAAGCCUCCCUCUAAAGCAAAAACUUGGGUUGUCCAGCGUCUCAGCAAGAUACUCAUGCGAGAGGACAACCAGAGCAGCAAGAAGGGGGGCUUGAAAGAUUUUCUCUCCUCACUUUGAGUAUUCCCUAACACACUUGUCUUUAAAUCUACUCCUUAAAAAAGGGGGUUAGACCCAUUUUGUAACCUGUUUACACCAAAGGCAAAGGGGGAGCUUAAGAAAGUAACUUUAGUUUCCAAGGCUGGUGUGGGAGGGGUUACAGUUUGCCCACCAACACAAUUGUUGCUGGGCUGUUUGGAGUGGCGCUCCUAAAUGCAACAUCUGGGCGCGUUGGGGUGUUUAUUUCAACUAAUAAUCAGGGUUACUGCAUCUUCUGCUGAGCCAGUCAGAGGAUAAUGUAUCUUCUGUCUAAUUUAGCAUAUGCCUCUUCUACUCUCCUAAACGAAUGAUGCUACUCUAAGUAUAAUGUUUCAAUAUUUAUCAAAUGGCUGAAACAUCACAGGAUACCCAAAUUUGCUCUGUGGUGGUAUUUGUGGCAUGUCAAGCUGGUUUACAUGCUGAUAUCCUUUAAGGCGAUCAUUUGGAUUUUUUUCUAAAGUUACAAUUUACAUUUAUAUG